AUGGCCUUGGGAUUCGAAAAUCUAGCACCCUUUCCACAAAAAUACGGAAGCCGAUUGGCUUAUGAGGUGGAAGUACUACGAGGAGAGACACUGGGUCUAUCAGAAGCAUUGACCGAGGGACUACAUGAUGACGUCACAAAAUUCGUUCCGGGGGGGCUUGAGAAUGAUCUGGCAAAAAGAUCAAUGGGAUCAGGAGACGCGCAUGGCACCUCUAGGACGCGAUCUGCCACAAUCACGAUACCGAAAACACCUACUGUAAAAGACACCAAUAGCGCCAAAAUUGUUGACCCCCCUUAUGUAACGCAAUUACGAACUCUUACACUCGUGCGAUCACGAUUGGACACUGUUAUAAAAACUUUUGGAGAUGCAAUGGCAUGGACUUUCCCGCCGUCAGAAGUGUCGGUCACUUCAUCCUUUCUUUCUGUUUCCGCCCCCGAGCCAGGGUCAGAAGCACACAGCACUGAAGAGAAAGGGCAAGAAGUCUCAAAGAGAAUACGUGAUGAAAUUGCAGAUUUAUUGAUUGGAGAUAAUACAAUUGAUAGUAUAGAGGCAGCAGCUAAAAGAGUACAGGAGUUGAAGGAAUCGGCGCUUGUCAGUUGA